AGCAUAUUGAACCAUGAGAGAGAACCUGGCAAACAUGGCAUUCACAGACUGUCUGACACCUGCUGACCUGUUCCCAGAGGGGAUGGGGUUAAAGAGGAAAAACUGGGGAACCAGAAUAAGAUUUCUCCUGAAGACAAACUCUUCCCACUCGGUUUUACAUCUCGUGAGAAACAGACGAUACAGGCCGAGUCCCGAUGACGUGAGCCAAUGGGCGCAGUCACUCGACAAACUACUCAGUCAUAAAUACGGCAAAAUGAUCUUUUGCAUCUUCCUGAAGUCGGAGUUCUGCGAGGAGAACAUCGAGUUCUGGACGGCGUGUGAAGAGUUCCGCACGCUCACGUCUCACAAGGAGCUGGUGUCCAAAGCCAACAGCAUCUACGAGGAGUUCAUCACAAGCGAAGCUCCCAAGGAGAUUAACCUGGAUUACCACACGAAGAACCACAUCACAGAGAGCCUGGAGGACCCGACGGUCACCACCUUCCUGGCGGCUCAGAAGAAAGUCUACAGCCUGAUGGAGAACAACUCGUACCCGAGGUUCAUCCACUCGGACCUCUACAAAGAGCUGUGUUCCCGGGCCGAGGCCAAGCACCUGAGGCCCUGGUCCAACUGACCGCCGGCUCCUGCAGCCAUUUGUUUACCAGUGUGACCGGGAGAUGAGGCCACUGAUGAGGGCACCGCCGCAGGAUAAGAGACCCGAACGUGAAUCCAGAGCAGAAACAUUGAGGGCGAGUGUGGGAAAUGCACAAAAAGCCAUUCCCAGUCCGCCCUGCUGGGAGCGUUCAGCGGGGACGCUCUGUGACGCUCUGUGACGCUCUGUGACGCUGCGGGCACUAACACAGCAUUUCAACCGGAUGGGAUUAAAGUUACAUUUUUUCCUCACUGGGACAUUACCUGCACUUUCCUGGCUGUGCUGUCAAGAGUUUGAUGUUCUGAGCAGUGGAGCGGUUCAGGAAGAGGCCGUCACUAGCAGAGUGGGAGGAGUCGAAGCUGCAGGACGUCCUGUGGGACAGCCUCUCCUCGUCCUUCCGGUGGAUCUACACCAGUUUACACAUUUUUCUUUACAUAACAUUCGCAAACUUUUUACUGAGGACUUUGUUGAGCCUGAUGUGACUGAUGUUUCUGACAAUGAUGAUGUAUUUAUUGUGAAUAUUGUAAUGUUAUAUUUUGUGAUACUGAAAGUUCAGAGCAGAGGGAGAAAUAAACUUUGUUCUUCGGUGCUGACA